AUGUUCAUCAAAAACGAUCACGUUGGCGACAGAAGCCGUCUGGAAGACUGGAGAAUUAAAGGUUAUGAUCCGUUAACACCUCCAGAUCUUUUACAGCAUGAAUUGCCCGUGUCAGAAAAAGGUCAUAAGAACAUUGUACAAGCCAGAGAAGACAUCUGCAAGAUUCUUAAUGGCGAAGACGACCGUCUUGUGAUUGUGAUUGGUCCUUGUUCGCUUCACGACCCAAAGGCCGCUUACGAAUACUGUGAAAAACUCGCUGCUUUGUCUCAAAAACUUUCUAAAGAUCUGUUGGUGGUCAUGAGAGCUUACCUGGAGAAGCCCAGAACCACUGUCGGUUGGAAAGGUUUGAUCAAUGAUCCUGAUAUCGACAACUCCUUCCAGAUCAACAAAGGUCUCAGAAUAGCAAGAGAAAUGUUCACGAAUCUCGUCGAGAAAAUGCCAAUUGCUGGUGAAAUGUUGGACACUAUUUCUCCUCAAUUUUUGAGCGAUUGUUUCUCUCUAGGUGCAAUCGGUGCAAGAACUACUGAGUCGCAGUUGCACAGAGAACUUGCUUCUGGUCUGUCUUUCCCAAUUGGUUUCAAAAAUGGUACCGAUGGUGGUCUGCAAGUUGCCGUUGACGCCAUGAGAGCUGCUGCUCACUCCCAUUACUUCUUGUCCGUGACGAAACCGGGCAUCACGGCCAUUGUCGGCACCGAAGGAAACUCUGACACUUUUGUCAUCUUGAGAGGGGGUAAACAGGGCACCAACUAUGACGCCGAGAACGUCGAAAAAACGAGACAGGAUUUGAUGAAGGCCAAGGUCCUUGACUCCGAAGGUAAGCAAAGAAGAAUCAUGAUUGACUGUUCUCAUGGAAACAGCAGCAAAGACUUCAGAAACCAACCUAAAGUCGCUCAAUCCAUCUAUGAACAACUAAGCAAUGGUCAAAAUGCCAUUUGCGGUGUGAUGAUUGAGUCUAACUUGGUAGAGGGGAGACAAGAUGUGCCAAAAGAGGGUGGUCGUGAAGGUCUUAAAUAUGGCUGUUCCAUCACCGACGCUUGUAUCGGUUGGGAAACUACCGAGGAAGUUUUGGAACUUUUGGCCCAGGCCGUUCAAAAGAGAAGAGAGGCCUUGAAGAAAUGA